AUGUUUGUGGUAGUUCAAUUGGGGUGGCUGAGCUCAGCCAUCAUCAAGGAUGCUAAUUUCUUCUAUGAUCCGAUGAUCAAGUAAGAAAAUUUAUAUUAUACUUGACGUCGCUUCCAGAUAUCUGAUACUAUUCUUCUGGAUCAUCGAUUUCCUUUGGUUUCUACUUAUCUGGAUACUCUUAGCAGGGAUUUUGAAUAAUCAACCUCAACUUAUUUUAAUUCAUCUUAUUUAUUGCGUAAGUUAUUUUAUUUUCCAAAAAGUCGUGCCGGGAGAAAUUUAAGUUAGCGUAUUUUAUGAUUUCAGAUUUUCCUAAUUGCCCUGAACACAGUUGCUUUAUUUUUUAUCGUCUUAGAUGCGAAUAAUAUGGCCAUCUCGCUUAAUAUAAUCACUCUUUUUAUAUUAAUCAUGUCUGGAUACCAUGAAAAUGUGUGUUACCGACUAAUGAAGAAUGACAAUUACUAUUUAUGA